CUCCGCUCCGCAGCGUGUGGGCGAGCAGGCAGCGGGCGGCCGCCGGGACAGCCGAGGGGACGCCGGGAGCGCAGCGGCAGGAUGGAGGACGGCUUCUCCAGCUACAGCAGCCUCUACGACACCUCCUCGCUGCUCCAGUUCUGCAACGAUGACAGUGCCUCUGCUGCAAGCAGCAUGGAGGUCACAGAUCGCAUUGCCUCUCUGGAGCAGCGUGUGCAGAUGCAGGAAGAUGACAUCCAGCUGCUCAAAUCUGCCCUUGCUGAUGUGGUCCGACGCUUGAAUAUCACGGAGGAGCAGCAGGCCAUGCAGAACAAGAAAGGACCUACCAAAGAUCAGAGUAUGAUUAAAAAAGCUGCUGCUGAGGCUGAUAAACUUGUCAGUCCUGCUACCACAGCAAGACCACUGGUACAAACCCUGCCUUUAAGGACUACAGUUAACAAUGGAACUGUAUUACCAAAGAAACCAAGUGGCUCUUUACCUUCUCCAUCAGGAAGCAGAAAGGAGACUGUAACACCAGCAGCAAAAAGGUCUGUGAAUCUUCUCAAUGCAUGCAAACUGAAAAAGCCUGCUCUAAGCACCAUUAAGAGAACCAGUUCAGCUGAGCGUGUGUCCCCAGGAGGUCGGAGGGAAAGCUAUGGAGAUUCCAAAGGGAGUCGCAACCGCACUGGUUCCACCAGCAGUUCAUCUAGUGGUAAAAAGAACAGUGAAAGCAAACCCAAGGAACCAAUGUUCAGUGCAGGGAAGCGCCGUGUGACACACUGCAAAGAGGAAGGAUACGUAAAAAUGUUUCUUCGUGGACGUCCUGUUACCAUGUACAUGCCCAAAGAGCAAGUGGAAUCUUACAAUUUGGAAGCAAAAGUAGAACUACCAGCCAAGAGGCUUAAACUGGAAUGGGUCUAUGGCUACAGGGGCCGGGACUGCCGCAGCAAUCUGUACCUGCUGCCGACGGGCGAGACCGUGUACUUCAUCGCCUCUGUGGUCGUGCUCUUCAACGUGGAAGAGCAGCUCCAGAGACAUUACACUGGCCACAAUGAUGAUGUCAAGUGCCUGGCUGUUCAUCCUGAUAGGAUUACUAUAGCAACAGGUCAAGUUGCAGGGACAUCCAAGGAUGGGAAACAAUUGCCACCACACGUGCGUGUCUGGGAUUCUGUAACUCUGAACACACUUCAUGUCAUCGGAAUGGGGUUUUUUGACCGAGCUGUCACUUGCAUUGCUUUUUCUAAAUCUAAUGGAGGAAGUAGCCUGUGCUCUGUGGAUGACUCCAAUGACCAUGUGCUUUCCGUGUGGGACUGGCAGAAAGAAGAGAAGCUGGCAGAUGUCAAGUGCUCUAAUGAGGCUGUAUUUGCUGCAGAUUUUCACCCUACUGAUACAAAUAUAAUAGUCACCUGUGGAAAAUCACACCUUUAUUUUUGGACAUUAGAAGGAAAUUCCCUUAUUAAAAAGCAAGGAUUAUUUGAGAAACAAGAGAAGCCAAAGUUUGUCCUGUGUGUGACCUUUUCUGAAAAUGGUGAUACUAUUACAGGAGACUCAAGUGGAAACAUUUUGGUUUGGGGGAAAGGUACCAACAGAAUAAGCCAUGCAGUUCAAGGAGCACAUGAGGGUGGAAUCUUUGCCCUGUGUAUGCUGCGAGAUGGCACCUUGGUAUCAGGGGGAGGAAAAGACCGAAAGCUGAUCUCUUGGAAUGGAAACUACCAAAAAAUUCACAAAACUGAGAUUCCAGAGCAGUUUGGUCCAAUAAGAACAGUAGCAGAGGGAAAAGGAGAUGUUGUAUUAAUAGGAACCACCAGAAACUUCGUCCUACAGGGCACCCUGUCAGGAGACUUUUUCCCAAUCACCCAGGGCCACACUGAUGAGCUCUGGGGACUUGCAGUCCAUUCCUCUAAGCCUCAGUUCUUCACAUGUGGACAUGACAAACACAUUACACUCUGGGAUGCAACCACUCACCAUCCUAUCUGGAACAAGAUUAUAGAGGAUCCAGCACAGUCUUCAGGUUUUCAUCCUUCAGCAUCUGUUGUUGCAGUAGGGACACUAACUGGAAGGUGGUUUGUGUUUGACACAGAAACAAAAGACUUGGUCACUGUACACACAGAUGGAAACGAACAGCUGUCUGUAAUGCGUUACUCACCAGAUGGAAACUUCUUGGCAAUAGGUUCCCAUGACAACUGUAUUUAUAUAUAUGGUGUAAGUGAAAAUGGAAGAAAGUACUCUAGAAUUGGCAAAUGUUCAGGUCAUUCCAGCUUCAUUACUCAUCUGGAUUGGUCUGUUAAUUCACAAUAUCUCGUAUCAAAUUCAGGAGACUAUGAAAUCUUAUACUGGAUCCCCUCUGCUUGUAAACAAGUUGUGAGUGUUGAAACAACUAGGGAUAUAGAAUGGGCCACUUACACCUGUACUUUAGGAUUCCAUGUUUUUGGUGUGUGGCCUGAAGGUUCAGAUGGCACAGACAUCAACGCUGUCUGUCGAUCCCACGGGAGAAAACUGCUAUCAACAGGAGAUGACUUUGGCAAAGUCCAUCUCUUCUCAUACCCAUGCUCACAGUUCAGGGCUCCAAGCCACGUGUAUGGUGGACACAGUAGUCAUGUAACUAAUGUAGAUUUUCUCUGUGAAGACACCCACCUCAUCUCCACAGGAGGAAAGGACACAAGUAUUAUGCAGUGGCGAGUCAUUUAAAGGAAACAUCAGCAUGAACAUACACAGUUGAGUCGACCAUGCACAGAACUUAUGUAUAAACUGUAUAUUUAAAACUUAACAGUAUGUUUGCAGUUUAGCCUGGUCACUGUGAUUUUUGUUUAAAAAAUUCUUACAAACCUCAGGAAAAUUAAGCCCUGUGCUGGUUACCUUACUCAGUCUAGUAUUUUUUUUUCAUUGUGUCACACCUUAAGAUUGAUCGUUCUCUGUUGUACAAUAUACAAUGCAGUACAAGUUUAAUAUAAGAAAUGUGGCUUGACAGUUUGCAAUACAGUGGUAUCAGCAGAAUGUGACUACCUUAAAUGUUUUCUAUAAACACUGCUAAACUGGUCACAAAAAUGCCUUUCAAAGACUGUAUAUAUGUGCUUAUUCGUUUCACUAUCUACACUUUGUACUAUAUAUCUACUUAUAUAGAAAAAUCUAUGACAAUGUCAAGGUACUGAACUGUUUCUGCUGGAGGCUGAUGAAUAGAUACAUAAAGUAUAAACUGCAAUUUAAGAUGCAAAAAUUAGUGUUCUAGACCUGAAAAUGUGAAUGCUGGUAAAUUUGCAUUCUCCUGGUAACAGCACACUGUGGGUGUCACCCAUGAGGAGUUGUGUUCCUUUUCCAAUGAAUCAGCAGGCUUUGUCCCAGUUUGACCUGAAUUUUUCAGCAGGGCAUACAGAUGUCUGUGUGGUUCAGGUAGUCCAUAUGAAUUUAAAUUAAAAGUCUUUUUACUUGUAUAUGAAAAAUUUCUUUUUGAAAACAAACCAAUAAAGCUUGGCCACAUCCCCAUUAUUGGCUCAUAUAUUUAACUAAUAUGUAUAUUAAUCAGCAUGAUGCUAUAUUGUACAUGUAUAAGAUUUUAGCAGUUCAUAACAAAUGGUAAGGCCAUCUAGCUUUACUUUUUUAUGCUUAUGGAUACUGUAUAUUUGUAUUUUAAGACCAAGUAGACCAAGUCUAAAGAUAUCUUUUUAAGUGUACCAUAAACCUGCAGAGGGUAAAGGAAGACUUGGAAGCCUACAUGAAAUAUUAAUGUGUAACUUCUUGCCCCUGUGUUUUGUGCAUGGAUGGGUAUUUAUAGUAUGAAAUAAGAUUGUGUUUUGCAAUGAAGUAACAGUGGAGGUGGUAUAAAAUGGUUAAGAAGGCCUUAUCAAUGUUGAUUGUGACACAGAUUGAAAUGUAUUGUUUACUAUGAGGAAUGUAUCUGAAGAAUUUUAAAAGAAGAGUUCUAAGUGGACUCGCAAAAAGUAAUAUUAAAAUUUUGCUUGUAAUGGACAGUAAAUGUUAAUUCUCUGAACUCUAAAGCACUGGUUGUUUAGAGUGAUUUAAAUGAAAUUGAACCAAUAAAUUUUGAAACUUUUUUAUUACAUCUCCAACCUCCUACACUGAAAGUGCAGGACACCAAUAAACAUGUAUUAAAGUGA